AUGGAUUUCAAAAGCUACGUUGGCAAGGGCGCCCACCGCCAGGAAGAUCAGGCUCACAAUUUCAAGGAUUUUCUGAACUUCGAGCAGUAUCUCCGGUACUCCAGCAAAGGUGGCAGUGGAGACUACAACAAGUACUUUAGCCCGGGGCUUGUGAAGGGGUUCAAGUGUCCCAGUCAGCUCGCUGAGUUCUAUCGAGACCAAAGGAACAUGAUCAUUGUCAUAGGCGGAGUCCAGUUCGAUGCCUUGGAUAAGGCUACUAAGGGCAGUGAUGACGACGUGGGCUCUAGCGACACGCAGUCCAGCCGCCAGGUGCCCUCCGGCACAACAGACGGCGGCCCGAAAGGUGGCCUGCCUGCCGUCACAAACGACUUCCGGCAGUACAUGGACUAUUCCAAGUACAUGGGAAUCUCCCACCAGUACACCCAGAAGGACUGGAUGAGCGAAUGGCAGAAGUUCCAGCAGGAGGGUAGCCAGGACCAGCAGGUCCCCUACUCGCCGAAGGACUGCAAGACGGAAGCGGAGCUCAAUGCUUUGGUUCUGUUGCCGGAUGUCAUGCUUUCACAUGCCCUGGAUUGCUCUUCGAAGGACAAGCAGACGAAGAUUGCCAAGACUUGGAUACCCUCCAUGUACCAGGAGCCGACUCUGUCCAGCAUCGACAAGGAGUACAAGGACAACCUGGAGCGCAUCAAGCACCCGAAGUCCCAGGCCUGGCGGGGCCAGAUGGGAGCCAUGGUGGAGAGUCUCCCAGCCAAGGAGCAGGCCGAAUGGAAUGCCGUCUUGGACGGCGAGAUGAAGGCUGCUUUCAAGCGGUUGGGAGCUGAUUCCGAGACCAGUGAUGUGAAUCUGCUGGCGACGAAGGUUGGUUGUGGGCCUCGGAACCCCUGCGAGUUUCUAGCUCGCUCUGAGGGUAAGCAAGCAGGCACCGGAAACUUCCAGGUUCCUGCCGCGCAGAAGUCCUCCAACUUUAGCCGAACGCUGCUGGUGUACGCCUUGGUUACAGCUCAGAAAGCCUUCGUGGUGAGCUUUAGCAUGCCUGUGGCCGGCAUGUACAUCUACCGUGCCAUCAAGCAGGUGCCCGGCACUGAUCUCGACGCGCGAUUCCUCGCAGCAGACGGAGGUAUAUCUUUCCACGCAACCUUUACACUCGACUUUGCAUUGCUCAAUCGAACAGAGUACGGAGAGCACAUUCGUCGAUGCAUUCGCGAGCAGGCCUUUGGCCCGGGUUCCAAGGGCGCCCACUCCUUUUGGUUGAAUGGAGGUCUCGGCUUCCUGUGUUCAGUGUCACGGCUCGGCGAGCUUUCCAUAGUCAGGAGUCUGCAACUGUUCCUUGCAGACGAGGAGAAGAGGGGAAUGAUACCAG